UGAAUUUAAUUUGUUAAUAUGUUUGGUGGAACAUCUAGGAAAAACAUCACACGUUCAACGUCAAAUGUAACAACAGAAACUCGCAUGUGCUAUGAAAGACAAACUACCAUCGAAACACAUAGUUUUACUAGACAAAGUUUUGGAUAUAGAUCAUUACGUGUUUCUCCAAGGAGUUCCUUACAAAGUAUCAUCAAUGAUAAUACCCAACCAGGAACAUCCAACGGUACUUGGCCAAUGAGAUCUUUUCCUAUGAUCAAUCAAGAAGAGAACCGCAUGACAGAAAGCUACGAUUUGGGCAAGAAUGAUGCUUACGUACUGAUUGUUCACAACGAAAAGUUCAAAGACAAAAAAAUGCACCGUGAGGGCAACAGAACAGAUGUGGAACUUCUCAAAAACUUUUUUUCUAACUAUCGCACAAUCCCGAAACUCAAAGCUGAUCUUACGGUGAAAGACCUGAAAGAAAAGAUGAAGAAUAUCAGGAAAAAGAAUUUUUCCAAGUACUCAUGUUUGAUUGUGAUAAUAAUGAGCCACGGCGACACCAAUGGGCGUAUCUAUGCCUCUGAUGCAACUUAUGACUUCAAUAACGACGUGGUCGAGCAGAUUUUGUCGAACAAAACGCUCAAGGAUAAACCGAAAAUAUUUUUCAUCCAGGCGUGUAAGGGAAAUGCGCGAAUGGAAACUGACGGUACUCCGACUACAACUAACAAAAAUGAUGUUCUCAAAUGUUACAGCACUUAUGAAGGUACUUUAUUCUUCCGAGAUCGUAAGUUGGGAACUUUUUUUAUUCAGGAACUAUUUAAAUUGCUCGACAAAAAUCCUAAUACUGAAAUAAGGGAGGUGAUGAAUAUGUUAAGGAAAGGGUUCGCUUCUCUAAAGUAA